AUGGCCGAGGAGGAAGGGCAAGAGGUCAUCUUCACUGAAAACACUGCGCCAGACAGAGAGAUUUGGGAUGAGAAGGGUGGCUUGAUCAAGAAAGGUGCCGCUGAAAUUGCUGAACGUGAUCAAGAUCAUGUGCCAGAGGUGAAGGUUUUGACGACGCUAGGCAUGUUCGCGGUGCCCGUGACAGCUGAGACCACCGUCGGAGAGAUCCGCCAAAAAGUACAGGAAUGGAAGCCGGAGUACUCCUUGGAGCAGAUCGAGUUGGUUUGCAAAGACAAAGAUGCCUGGGGCCCUCUUUUCAACAAGACAUCUCGCCCCAGGGACGACGAUGAGACGGUUGAGUCCCUGUGGAGUGACUGGGACAUUCCCCGUCGUAUGAUGCAGGUUGCUCUUUGGAUCAAAGAGAAAAACGAGGAGACGGGUGAGUGGGAGAGUACCUUUUGGAAGAUGCUUGAGGAGAGCAAAUGUGAUGAUUGGAGCUUUCAAGGCCGGAGGUCCAGACUAUGA